UGACUGCCACGUUGCUGCUGUUGCAGCCGGAGCGUUUGUGUGUUUGAACUCGGAGGCAGGGCUCGAAGAGGAGAGGGCGGGCGACAGAAGAGAAGGGAAAGGAAGGGAAGUCUGCUUGCAAGAGCCGUGCAAUACACGAGAAGAUGCUCACCGACACAAUAAUGGACGAAGAGUUCGAGAUACGUGAAGAGGAGCCCUGGUACGACCAGCAGGACCUUGAGCGAGAUCUCCACUUGGCUGCUGAGCUUGGGAAGACGCUGCUUGACCGAAACCGAGAGCUGGAGGAAGGCCUUCAGCAGAUGUAUUCAACUAAUCAGGAGCAACUGCAGGAAAUUGAUUACCUUACCAAGCAGGUGGAGCUGCUGCGACAGGUGAACGAGCAGCAUGCCAAGGUUUAUGAGCAGCUGGACCAAACUGCUAGGGAACUUGAACAAGCCAAUCAGAAACUGAUGCUGGACGGCCGGACUUCUCAGCAGAAAAUAGUCAGACUCACCGAGACAGUAGAGGGGCUUCAGGCACAAGUGGAGGAUCUUCAGCGUCGACUUGAAGAGCUGCAGAGGAUGGGGGGCUCGGAGACGCUCGACAGUGACCUGUCUAGUCGCCGUCGAUCUGCCUCACACCAAAGUGUCUCCUGCUUGAAAGAGCUGUAUGACCUGCGCAAGUACUUUGUCUACGACCACAUCUUUGCGCAGAAGAUCAGUUCCCAGGCAGCGGAGCGAAACCCAGCAGAGGAGGAGAACACGGUGCUGAAGCAGACUGUGGAGGGGCUGCAAGCUCAGCUUCUCGCCGAGAGACAGAAGCGGGAAGCGAUAGAAGAGGAAGUGGCACUGGUGGAGCAGGAGAAUGUGGAGAUGGAGCGGCGGCUCUGCCUGCUGGAUGGCUGCGAGGCCCGUAUGAAGGAGCUAGAGGGCGAGGUCGAGGAGCUCAAGCAGAUGUGCCGCUCGGACUCUGCCUUUGUGAGCCGGGUGGAGAAGCUGUUGCCGGAAUCCUUCCUCCUCUCUUUUCAGGAGGUGGAGAGCGGCCCUCUGAGCUACGAAGAUGACAAGGAGAUCAACUCUGGACUUGCUGAAACCAAAUGGAAAACCCUGAAACGUUGCAGCAGUGAAACCAGCUUGAAGAACAGCAGCGCUGCGGAAGAGAUCUUAAGGGGCCAUGAUCAGACUUGCAUCCGUCGCUCGGAAGCGGUCAGGCAGAGGGGCAUUUCCCUCUUGAAUGAGGUAGACGCCCAGUAUAGUGCCCUAAAGGUGAAGUAUGAGGAGCUGCUGCGCAAGUGCCACCUGACUGAAGAUGGCCUGAGCCACAAGGCUGUGCAAACCACUCGCCGGAACUCGCAAAGCAGCACAAUGGCUGCCACCCCUUCCCCUGAUUGCGCACCAAAGCCUCUUGGGGAGAUGAUGGCAGCUAGUGCGUCCACUGUCUGGUCAGAGGUGAGCAGUCUGGACAACCAGCAGCCUGAAUACAAAGCUCUUUUCAAGGAAAUCUUCAGCUGCCUCAAGAAGACCAAAGAGGAGCUGCGAGAAAGCAGAGGCAAGCAGAAGACACCAACUGAAGAGCGCCCCUAGUGGUGGUGCACCCUGCCUGCCGUGCACUGCAUAGCAGAACUUUUUUUUUUUUUUUUUUUUUGCGCGCAGGAAUCCCCCCCCCCUUUUCCCCCCCCUAGAACCAGAGUUUUUUGGGGGGGGGGGGGCCUGUAUGGGACACGGUUCCUGAGAGAGGCCUGCCCCAGCAAUGCUGCACUUUCCUUCUACCUGCUGCAGGGUUUCCCCUAAGGUCUGAUGAGACUACUGACGCCUCUGUAAAGCCUGCUUGCUGCUUGAGCUCCUGACUGACUUGCGUUUUUGCUCCUUCCUGACAUUUUCUGUUCAUUUCUCUGAACCGGUCAGCUCGGCACGUUAGAAAACGUGCUGCAGGUAGGCAGGCAGGCUGGCAGCAAUGGUGCCAUGACACCGAUACACUACCACUUGGUAUUAUGUAAUUAUUUAUUCUUGUGAAAUGUGAAUUUAGAGUUUCUAUGUGAGCCCCUGAUGCUCGCUGGAUCGGAUUUGGGGUGCAGGGGGGUGGAAGGUCAGCAGCUCUGGAUGCUGCCGGAUGCUUUCUCGAAUGUCUCACUUCUCACCCUGGGUGAUUUUCCUUGGAGUGGUGACGGGCCAGUCUGUUCAUUUUCACGUGUGUGCACCUCCAGAUUGGAAAGGGGAGGACUGUUGCGGAGGUUGCUGUGUUCCCUUAACCACAUGACCUUUAUUUUUUUUUUAUUUUUUUUUUCAGAAUACACUCAUGUCCUGCCCUUUAGCGGACCACUGUGGUGGGAGGGGGGUGCCUUUUCUUUUUGCGGGUUUGUCUUCCAGCCUCUGCUCUUGGCUCCCAUGUGGUUUUGGGUAUGACUCCCUGACCGGGAUGGCCACCCGCAAGAACCCACAGUUAAAUUCACCGACACUUUGGCACCUUGAGCUGUAACCCCUGCACCUCAGAGUUAGGAUGUUUAAUUUAAAUUUAUUUUUCUAAGAUUUUGUACAGAAUGCUUUGAUGUAGCUAAUAAUUUAAAUUAAGAUAUUUGCAUUAAUAGUUUAAAGAAAUGCAGGCAGUUGCCUUUUGCCCUUUUUAGAGAGAGACGACUGCUUUACUUUCUUUUAUGUCCUACUACUUGUGUGAGGGCAGGUGUGUAGACCCCUACGAGUUGCUAUCGGUUAGAUUGGGGGGGGCGGCCUGACCGACAACUACUGACCAAUAAAUUGCAAUUGGAGUUCAUGUAGGUGAGACACAAGUGCUUGUCUCAGUUGCUGAGGUACUUGGAACUGCUAGCUGCAAAUAAAUAUGCAUCAGGAGCC